UUUCGGGGAAUCUGAACUUCUAAAAUUGUAAUCAUGACUCAUAUGGAGUAAAACUGAGAUCGCUUUAUUUAUUUUGUGUUCAUAAUUUUGUGAAUGGGUUGUGGAUUUUACGCUCUCCAGCGAAAUGUAGAUUGAGUGAACUUUUUAGUACGCCAAUUAUUAGGCUGUGAAGUUUCUGACUUGAAUUUCUCAUCCUCUUCCUUAUCUAUCUGAAUCUCUAAAAUGCUGUAUUCCUUCCUUACUGACUCACUAACCAUCUCUGAUGUAGAUGAAGUGAUCCAAUCGCAGUUAAUGGAUCAAAUGACUCAACCCACCAUGCCCAGCAAUCCUGGACUUCAGUACACAAAUAAACCUUAUGUUAGAAUAAUUGAACAGCCUGCCCCUCGAAGUCUUCGUUUUCGUUAUGAAUGUGAAAUUGAAGGAAGGUCUGCUGGAAGCAUUGUGGGAAUUAAUAAUACAGCAGAAAACAGGACCUACCCAACAAUUCAGGUGAUGAAUCAUCAAGGUCCUUAUGCUGUAGUGGUAUCUUGUGUUACAAAAGAUGGUCCUCCUUACAGACCACAUCCACAUAAUCUUGUUGGAAGAGAAGGAUGCAAAAGAGGUGUUUGCACACUGUUAGUAAAUAAUGCUGAUAUGACUUGUAGUUUUACAAGCUUGGGUAUUCAGUGUGUAAAGAAAAGAGAUAUAGAAAAGUCUCUUAAAGUGCGUGAAGCUCAUAAAUUGGACCCUUUUGGAACGGGUUUCAGUCAUCCUGGUAAUAUUGAUCUGAAUGUCCUAAGAUUAUGCUUUCAAGUUUUUAUUAGAGGUCCUGAUAAUGCAUUCUCUUUGCCACUGUCUCCUGUAGUUUCAGAACCCAUUUAUGAUAAAAAAGCUAUGUCUGAUUUAACAAUAAUGAAGUUGAGUCAUUAUUCCGCCCCUGUAACAGGAGGAACAGAAGUUAUAUUGUUGUGUGAUCGUGUUGCAAAAGAAGAUAUACAGAUCUGGUUCUAUGAAGAACAAGGAUCAAGAAUUGUAUGGGAAAGUCAAGCAGAAUUCCAGCCUAGUGAUGUUCAUAAACAGGUUGCAAUAUCAUUCCGUACUCCUCGAUAUCCAAAUGAAAAUAUUCAGCAACCUGUUCCUGUCUUUGUUGAGCUUCGAAAGCCUAGUGAAAAUAAGAGGGGUGAUCCUCGGCCUUUUCAGUAUUUGCCUAUGGAAAGAGAUCCUGAAGGUCUUGCACGUAAAAAAUUAAAAGUUGAAGAUAGGAUUGAUCUUGAAAGAUACUUUCAAGGCAAUAUUCUUUCUGGUGCUUCAAAUGCUCAAGAACAUCAAAUGGCUAUUGGUGUACCAAGGAUAUCUAGGCAGCAGGCACAACAGAGAGUAAAACCUGAGCCUGCUGUUGCUGGUGGUGCAACUUGUGUUGAAAGUGCGUUUGGUAGAGUAUCCACUUCAUUCCCCACAUCAGAAUUUUCAAGAACUUCAAAUAUGCCUUCAGUUCCUGUUGGUGUCCCAUCUACUUCGCCUCAUCUCACUCCAGCCCAUUCUCCAAAUUUAGCAGCAUCUCCAGGGGCCCACAGUCAAUCGUCUGCCACGCCACCCCCUCACACAUCUGCCAUCCCUUCACCUGUCAUGCAACAAAUGAUGCAGCAUUCCGAAGCAUCCCAACAAGCACCCUUAACGCACCCAAAUGUUGCUCCAGCUACAGUAGAAGAGUCAAUUAUUGAAGGGUUCGAUAGCUUAGAUCUAGACAGCGAUUUGAAUUUAAAUCUUACCCAGAACUUAUCUGCAAGCUUAUUCGACAGUACACCGAGCAUUACACUUCCAAGCACUUAUCAAGAUGCCUCUGAAGAUGCAAGUCAUCAGUAGUGGAAUCAAGAAAAAUGAGACUGGAAUCAUAGGCAGUUGACACAUUAAGUGCUAUGCAUAUUUUAGUCACAUUUUCAUUCAAAUAAAAGAGGAAAAUUGCAUUUUUAUUCAUCUGCCCAUUAUCUGAACAUAUAAUUUUGUAAAUCAAGAGAUAUAAUCUAUAUUCAAGUUGGCAAUUCAAAGUAAGCUAUGAGCAAGUGUAUAACCAGAAAAUUCUGUAGUAAAAAUGAAUGAAGUUGGCAUAUUAAUAAAUUAGGAAUAAUGCAAAAGCCAUUUAAAAGAAAUAAAAAUACUUUACAAAAAAAAAUAGGAGGCAAGAUAACUUCUAUUUAAAAUAAUGUAUCAAUGCUCUUGCCAGGUUCAACUCUGCAAAUUUCUUAAUUUCUGGCUUUUGCACUGAAAACUCAGACUGACAAAUAUAUUAUGGUUAUUUACAUAAUGACAUGACCCAUGUUGCAAAACAUCUCAUUAAAAUAAAUUUUCAAAAAACAAUUUGAUCAAUUUAUGCAAAAUAAAUUCCUGACUAAAAAAUUAUAUAAUGCCUAUAUCUAUGCAAUUUAGAGUUGUUAGACUCCAUGAGAUUAAAUAAUUUUCAUUUUUGACUGUGAAGUUUAAUGCAUAAAGAGAUAUAUUAGUGAUAUUUAAAACUGAAUUCUGUGGGACCAUAUUGGGAUGGUAGUAAGGUCUUGGGUUCAGGCCCGUAGGCUCAGAAUCUAAUUUUAAAGAUCUGCCAUGUAUGUGAACUUGAUGUACUUUCAAUCUGAUGUUGAGAUUCAGAUAUAAUACUUGUUGGUGUAGUAUCAAAUUUGAAGAAAGUGUCAUUAUGUAUCUGGUGUCAUUUGACCAAGGAAGUCCGUCCCAAAAUAGCCUACAUAUAUCUUCAAAAUGGGACAUUAAACUAACUAAAUUAUGUUUAAAUAUAUCUAUUACUUGGCAUGAUAUUAAUACAUAUCUUUUUCCAUAUUGUCUGUAUGAUUUGUCAUUGAAAAUAGUUAAAACCAUAAUCUAACUACAGUUAAGAAAGUUUAAUUACAGAUCAGUGACAAAUCAAAAUUAAAUGUACAUCUCCAGUAUUGAAGCAAUAUGCAUUUAAAAAGUAUAUGUUGCUUCUUAGUGAUUUGUGUAGCCCUUAAUGUGUUAAUGAAGAUAUGAAAAAAGAAGAGCUUUUUUUUUAUGCAUGUUGAAACCAUGGACCACAGCACUUUUGUUUAUAGCUCAAGUUUUUGCUGAAAGAUCAUUUUUUUUUAUUGUUUUAGAUAUAUUGUACAAAGAUAGAUGUUAUUUUUGUUACGAUUGGUUGCUUAUUGCAUUGAUGCACAUAAUUACUUACAAAAUUGUUUUUACCAUGUAUCUCCUGUGAAUAAUGUUUUAUUUGAGAGAAACAUUCUUUUUGUUAUUGUUUAUGUAGAUUUUUAUCUAAUUCUGUUAUUUUUCUACUCAAUGAGGUUAACCAUUUCUAAAAUUAUUCAUGAAUCAUAAGUAGUUGCAUGAAGAUAUAAUUUGCCCUUAAAGGUGAGACUGAAAUAUAGAUUAUGAGAUAGAAAACAUUCGUGAUUUAUUACAAUUAUUUUUUUAAAUGGUUUGUUUUUUGUGGAAACAAGUCAUUUGUACAGACAUCAAAUGUAUAAUUAUAGUAAGUUUUCCAUAAGCUUAAUUAUUAUUACAAUUAAUUUCUUUUUUUUUUUAUGUUUUCAAUAUGCUAUUGUUGAAAUUCAUAAUAUUCUCAUCUUUUAUCACCCAGUUUAUAAAACAUUAUUUACGAACCUCAUAUUAAAUUUCAUUUAGUUGAAACUUUCCAAAAUCUUGCAUCUAUUUGCAUUAAAACAGAGUAAUGUACUACUGAAAGUGCAUUACUAAAUAUUUUUCUACUGUGCAGUUUCAUCAAGUGUCACUAUUAUUAAAUUGGUUUUUUUUUUAAGUAUAAAAUAGUCAAUUCCUCAAAAAAUGCAUUUAUAUCUUUCCUAAUAGGCCUAAAAAUACAGCAUUAUAUACUUGUAGUAACAUUUCAUACAUUCAGAAAAAUUUAUAUAGAAUAUUUUACUAAAGGUUGGGAAAAGUUAAUUUUGAAAUCAAAUGAAGACUAAUUAUAUUUUCCUAAGAAUUUUUGCCCUAUGAUUUCUUAAAAAGCGAAUUUUGUUGCCUUUAAUUGUGACUAAAGAAAAUAAACUCUUUCAUGUAAAAUUUUUAUCGAUACAAAAAAAUGUCUUAUAUGAUUGUUUUAAUGUAAUGCUAAUAUAAAUAAGUCAUGCACUAGAUUUUAUGCUAAUUUUGUGUAGAUUUUUAUUUUCAGCAUUUUCAUCAAUGGAAGGGGGGGAAUGCCCAGAUUACUUUUCUUGUUUUGUAAAGACUAUUAUUAAAAUGGAAAUGUCAGUGAUUCUCUUAUGUAAAUUUUUAUUUGUUUUGAUUUGUUACAUUUUUGGAGAUAAAGGGGAUGGGCACUAUGAUAGUUGGAUAUAAUCACUUUAUUUUUAGAAUAAGAAAUGUUUUGGAUUCUGUGUGCUUUAAACAGACAAGUAACAAAUUAUUUUCAAACUACUUUCAACAUUGUCGAAUUUUAUAUUUGUGUAUUAAAGAAAAAAGUGAUUUUAAAAAAUGAAUUUUUGAGAAGCAAAAUUACUUUAAAAGUAAACUCAAGGCUUUAGGAUAAAUUAGAUUAGAAAUAAAUAAUGGUAAUUCCAAUUAAAUUUUUAUUUUAAACAUAAUUUCUGUUAAAAAGCAGUUCCAGAACAUUUCAGCAUAAUAUUGCUUAAAAUUGUGAGCAAAAUAUUUCUUAUAUUAUGUGGUUGGAAAUUGCAAUCUAAAUUGAAUUUAUUAAAAACAGUUUGGGUUCAUUUAUGAAUUGUGAUAAAGCAUAGAAUAGCCUUUCUACAACUAUGAAAAUUAUCGGUGUAAAGUUUUAUGAAUAUUGAAGCAUUUAUUGAAUUGUAAUCAAACAACUCAAUUAUGCUUCCUAAAAAUUAUUGCUGAUUAGCUAUAAAUUAUUUAUAGAUAUUUAUAUUGUGUAUGAUGGUAAAAUAUUUGAUGCUAACAUUAAAAAAAAUUAUAAAUUUAUAUAUAAAAAUCGUUACAAAUUAGAUAUGAAUAUACUAUUUGUUCCACUCUGUCUUAGUUUCCAAUUCCAGGGAAGUUUAUUGUUUCCUCCUGAAAUUUUACCUCAACCUUCAUAUUUUUAUGUAUCAUGUUAAAAAAAAAACAUUGAUAUCAGAAUGAAAUGUUUUGUGAUAUGAAGGAUAAUGCAAAGAAAAUAAUUUUAUCACUGAAGGAUUUUUGAAUUGUUGUUGAAUAAUUAGAAUAUUCUAUUCAUGUGUUGGUUUUUUGAAAAGCAUAUAAAUAUUACUAAAGAAAUGUAUGUUUUGGAGCAUCCAAUAAUUCCAAGAGUAUGCUAAUGUGAUGACUGUUAAAAUAACUACAUAUAGUUUUAAGUAGUUUUAAAUAUUUGUCUUAAGGAAAGCAAUCAAAUGGAGUGUACUAACUUUUUAAUUUUUUUUCAAUCAAAUAUAUAUAUUGAAGAUUUGGGAGAAAAAAGUAAUAUGAAUGGCUAGUUCCCCGUAUUAUCAUAUAGGGUAUAUUUUUUAAUAAUGCAUAUGCUCCUUAGUAUAUCGAAAAAGAAUAUUUGCAAUUAUAAUGCUAAUUUUCAUGACUGAUAUGCUAGUAAACAUUUAUUUAUAGCUCCUAAUUUGAAUAAUGUUUGCCCACUUUAAAUACAUUCUUAUGAAUUCAGAUGCUAAGUGCUUUAUUAAAUAUCUAGAGAAAGUAAUAUUUUUGUAUGCUAUAAUUACAAACAAUUUCAGAAGUGCUAUUAUUUUAAAAUACUAUAUUUAAUUUUGUAUGCAUUUAAAAUUUUUAACAAUUAAAAUUAAUGAUAUUAAAGUAUUAAAUUUUUCAGGAAUAUUUUGCAUUGCCAAAUAUAUUAUUUCUUACCUUUUUGUAUUAUAAUUCAGUCUCCCAACUUCCUCAAGGAUUCAGAUUUCACUCUAGAAGGAUUUGUAUACCUUGUUAGUCCCUUAUAAUAAUUUUUUUUUUUUUUUCCUCACCUAAAAUGAACUUAAAAAAUUAUGAGCUAAAAUUGCAUUCUAUAUUGAAAUAUGAAUGUGAUUUAUACACAUUUUAUUUAUGUUACAAUUACUUUAAAAAUGAGAAUCAUAUUCUGUUGUUUAUGUGAUUUAUUUUAAUAUUCACUUUAAUAGUCUCUCUAAUCCCACUUGAGUGAAUUUCCUGAAAAUGAAAGAAGGUAUAGAUCUUAACUGUUGAUUGAUUCUAUCUAAUGAUGUGAGAUUUCCCACAAAAAUGGUGCAUUCCAUCUUUAUUGAUUUCUUGUAGAAUAUUUCAAACUUUUCUAUGAAUACUUUGUAACAGUUUUCUUAAAUAAAACUUGUUAGUGUUUUUC